AUGAAGAAAGAAGAAACAGUGAAACUGAUCAGUUCCGAUGGUUUCGAAUUCGUGAUUGACAAAGAAGCUGCCAUGGUUUCUCAGACCAUUCGCAACAUGCUUACUUCUCCAGGGAGUUUCGCUGAAAGCCAACACGGAGAAGUGACUUUUCCUGAGAUCAGUACCACUAUUCUUGAGAAGAUUUGUCAGUAUUUCUAUUGGCAUCUUGAAUUCGCCAGUGGAAAAGACAGAGAGUUUCCUAUUGAGCCAGAAUUAACUCUCGAGUUAAUGAUGGCUGCCAAUUACCUACAUACUUGA